AUGUGGCAGCAAACCCGUCUUAUUUGCCAUGUCUUUAUCAAGCACUUGUGGAAAGGUAAGUAAACACUUUUCAAACGAUUCAAGUAAACUCAGUUACAAGAGAUUGCUCGAGGACAAACAAUGGCGGCGAGAUCAACCAAAUGGGGAAAUUGGGUCAUGCCAACGUUGGUUUUAUUUUCCGUGGUUUUGGUUAUCUACUUAAUGGCUUCAAGUACUCGCUCACCUGAAAAUGCCCUAAAAACUUCAAAUUUUGAAGAAAAUAAAUUUUUGAAUGGGGUUCAGGAAAGAGCCUCCUCAUCGAAACUAGAUUUUAGGAUAUUAUGUGAGGAAGACAACGCUCGCAUUCAAGAAGUUCUAAAUUUUGAUACAAAAGAAGCUACCAUUGAUUCCAUUACGACUAUUUUGGCCAAAACUGUGGUUAAUCCUGUUCAAAUGGGAUGCAAAACGUUGAAACGAUUAGGGCGGGGUGUGUGGCUGGGAAAAUGCAAUGACGGACACAAGUAUGUUUGCUUAGAUGAUAUCGAGCCAUCUGAUUGUUUGGUUUAUUCAUUUGGGCUGGCCAAUCAAAUAUCAUUUGAGAAGUCAAUAGCUUUCAUGGGUUGCAAGGUUUAUGGCUACGACCGUGCACAAACCACAGUGAUGAAACAAAAUAGGAAUCCCAAAUUGGUUCUUCAAACUGCUUUCAUUGGGGUCGGAGGAAUGAAUUUGUCAGAAAUUUUGCGUCAAAAUGGCCACGAAAACGAACCGAUAUCGUAUUUAAAGGCUGACAUUGAAGGCUCGGAAUUGAAUGCAUUGCCAGUUUGGAUUAAGAGCGGAGCUUUGAGUCACAUCAAACAAUUGGCUUUUGAGUUUCAUUUUGUGGAUGCAAACGUCGCCAAAUUUUGGGCCAUCAUUCAAGACUUAUACCAAAUAGGAUUUAGAGUCAUUUCCUACGAUCCAAACUUUUGCAAGGGUGAUAGUGAAAAAGGGUUUUAUCAGCUAUUUGAAAUUGUUUUUCGUAAAACGGAUGUUUGUUUAGAAUAAAUGACUUUUUUGACACGCGUUAACAAA